CACUGGUCUGUCUGUCUGUCUGUCUAGUAUCACGGAUGUGUUUCCCUGUAGGCUGCUGUCACUGGUCUGUCUGUCUGUCUAGUAUCACGGAUGUGUUUCCCUGUAGGCUGCUGUCACUGGUCUGUCUGUCUGUCUGUCUGUCUAGUAUCACGGAUGUGUUUCCCUGUAGGCUGCUGUCACUGGUCUGUCUGUCUGUCUGUCUAGUAUCACGGAUGUGUUUCCCUGUAGGCUGCUGUCACUGGUCUGUCUGUAUGUCUAGUAUCACGGAUGUGUUUCCCUGUAGGCUGCUGUCACUGGUGUGUCUGUCUGUCUGUCUGUCUAGUAUCACGGAUGUGUUUCCCUGUAGGCUGCUGUCACUGGUCUGUCUGUCUAGUAUCACGGAUGUGUUUCCCUGUAGGCUGCUGUCACUGGUCUGUCUGUCUGUCAUCACGGAUGUGUUUCCCUGUAGGCUGCUGUCACUGGUCUGUCUGUCUGUCUGUCUAGUAUCACGGAUGUGUUUCUCUGUAGGCUGCUGUCACUGGUCUGUCUGUCUGUCUAGUAUCACGGAUGUGUUUCCCUGUAGGCUGCUGUCACUGGUCUGUCUGUCUGUCUGUCUAGUAUCACGGAUGUGUUUCUCUGUAGGCUGCUGUCACUGGUCUGUCUGUCUAGUAUCACGGAUGUGUUUCCCUGUAGGCUGCUGUCACUGGUCUGUCUGUCUGUCUAGUAUCACGGAUGUGUUUCCCUGUAGGCUGCUGUCACUGGUCUGUCUGUCUGUCUGUCUAGUAUCACGGAUGUGUUUCCCUGUAGGCUGCUGUCACUGUUUACCAUCUAACAUCCGUUUGUUUGUCUGUCCAUCAUCAUCAUCAUCACCCUUGUUUUGCCUGCCGCGUCCCCAUCACCUGACCACUCCCACCUGGCAUCCCUGUGUUGUGAUGGUUCCAUCAUGGCUUCCGUCGUAAUUGGCUGAUGGUGACC